AUGACAGCGGCGGAUAGCGAUCUCAAAGAAGUUGAAAAGAUGUUUGCAGUCAAUGUGUUUGGGCCUAUGCGAAUGGUGCACUUCUUCCACCCAAUGUUGGUGAAGAAGCAGGGUAAGAUUGUGAACAUUGGCAGCGUCGGAGGCAUUGUACCCUAUGUAUAUGGAGGUAGGUCAACUAGCGAACCACAAAUACGUGCUUACCAGACUUGACUAACUUACCAAAGCCUCUUAUAACGCGACCAAGGCAGCCUUGCACCACUGGGGCAGCACACUUCGGGUUGAGAUGAAGCCUCUGGGGUAAGAGAUCUUUUUCCCUGUUCUGGUCUCAUACUUUGUGCUGACUCACAUCCUGUGUCGCCGUCAUCAAUAUAAUAUCUGGAGAAAUCGGUACCAACAUUCUGACGCGGGAUUCUGGAAGGAAGCUCCCAGAAGACUCUCUCUAUAAGCCAUUACAAGCAGAAUUUGCAGAGCACUGCAACAGGACGCCAAGUUCGUAUAUAACGUUGCGACAUUGGAGAUUUCCUCGAAAGCUAAAUGUGAAACAGAAACAACUCCGCCCCGAAUGUAUGCUUCCUCUGUUGUUGCCGAAGUGACUAAACAGCACUCAGCUGCGUGGUUCUGGACUGGUCAAACUACUGGUAUCGUCAGAUGGUGUGACAUCCUCCUUCCUAGAACAUUCUGGGUAAGCAAUCUUUCUUCUUCUUUUUGCCUUGUAACCAUAUAUCUGAUCAGUCUUGGGGGCAUAGGACUUUCUCUUCACUCGUAUGUUCAAUUUGAACAAGGUGAAGAAGCCGUAGAGCGUUUGAAUAUUGUGAACGCGCAUAUGACGUGA